UCCCUCUGCGGGAGCCGUAACCCGGAAGUCAGUGAUAAACGGGCAUUCAAAAUAAAACAAAUAACCCGCUGCGUUUGCGGUAAAAACACGCGCGUGAAACCCGAAUCUCCCUCUUCACGCGCGCGCGGUUAGAACGUGUGCACGUGAGAGCGGCGCAGAAACGCGUGUUUUACUGAGUAAAGGUCAGCGGAAAAAGGACGCGCGUGGACAUGGAGACGUGGGUGAGAUUCAGCGCUCAGAGCCAAGCACGAGAGCGCGUGUUCAGGGCAGCACAGUAUGCCUGCACCCUGCUGGGAUACACACUGCACAAAGGAGGAGCUGCGGCUGAGCUGAUAAGCACCAUCAAGCAGCUGGAAGCUCAUCUGAGUAUCAGCAGAAAGCUGAUGCGGUUAGGGAACUCAGCUGAAGCUCUGGAAGCAGCGAAGCGUGCGAUUCAUCUCUCCGACUUCGUCCUGCGUCUCUGCAUCACCGUGUCUCAUUUAAACCGAGUGAUGUACUUCAUCUGUGAUAACCUGCUGUGGGCCGGAAAGACUGGACUGCUGCCUCGUCUCGACCAGGACAAGUGGAGUCAGAGAUCCUUCAGGUACUACCUGUUUGCUCUGAUCCUGAACUUGACACGUGACGUGUAUGAGAUCCACGGUUUGAUGGAGCGUGAGCGGCGCACGUCCAAAGCGCACCUCUCGGGGGCCGUCGAGAACGACGAGUCCUCCUCGUCCACGCCGCGCUGCGCGUCUGUCUUCUCGGCCAGGAUCCAGCAGCAGCUGCGUCUGCUCUCAGCCGUCCUGCGCAGCAACCCUCCGCUCCUGCUGGACACGCUGAAGAACCUGUGUGACGUCUUCAUCCCGCUGGACAAACUGGGUCUCUAUCCCACAGGCGCGGGGUUCGUCGGGGCGUGUGGUCUCACCUCGUCCCUGCUGUCCAUACUUACGCUGCUGCACCCCUGGCUCAAGCUCAAACCCUGAAUCCACCGUGACCCCACCAUGAACCUCACGCCGUGACCCGAGUGUGACCUGAGACGCUGCCGUGAAUUCCCCCCGACCGACCAAUCAGGACUGAGCGUGUUGAUGAUGUCACAACCAUCAGAGGACCGGCACGCAUAAUAAUGAGAUGUGUGUGUGUGUGUGUGUGUGUGUGUGUGUGUGUGUGUGUGUGUGUGUGUUAUUUGUAACAUUUCUCUCCAACACUACAGCGCUGCCGGAUUCUCCAUUCUGAUUGGUCCAAAAUUGUCGAUUGGCAAAUUUUUUAAUGAAAGCUAAUUGAAGCUAGCGCUAAUACGCUAUCGUUUCUAUAGUAACACCGUACACUGAUACUUCAAUCCCUUGGGAAAUUUGUGUGUUUUUGGUCGUAAGUCUGUAAUUCGAGAUUAUUUAUAGUAAAACGGUUUUAACACUUUUGUGCUGACUCGGCAGAAAUAACUGAUCUUCUCUGAUCUCUUCAAUACCCAACGGACUGCGUUCGAUAUCUUUAAUAUCUGUCUAAUACGAGGUGAUCUGGAGAUAUUAGAAGUUUCUUACUGUGUCGUCAACAGUUUGUGGACACCUGACCAUUCCAUUGAGUAUCCCAUUCCACAUCUAGUCUCCAAUCGCUCGGCUAAUGAGCUCCACUCUUCUGGGAAGAUGUUCCUCUGGAUUUUAGAGAUUUCAUUCAGGGUGUUAGUGAAGUCAGAUACGGCUGUAGGAGAUGUAGUCAGCAUUCACGUUCAUCCCAAAGCUCUUUGAUAGGGAUGAGGGAGAUCCUUCACACAUUUCCAACCCAUGGAGAUCUUUGUGCACAGGGGCAUUGUGAUGCUGGAACUGGUUUUUAGUUCAAUCGAAGUGGAGAAUUUCAUGUUCCAGCAUUUAAAACUGUGUGGUCCAAGUUUCUGCUGAGUGUCAGGUGUCCCAAUACUUUUGGAAUCAGAACAAACCGGAUGAUGAAACCUACUGAAACUGAUUUCUUUCUGAUGGAGGAAAACGUGUCCUCAGGAUUUACUGUUCUGCAGAAAAUAAAAGUGCGUGUUAUUAUUCAACAAAUCGA